AUAUAUUACAUAAAUUUGAGCUAGGGUUUAAGAAGACUGACGUUGGGGAUAUCAUCGAGCAAAUUUCUGGCGGCAGAUCAACAAUAUGUCGAAGAAGAACAGUCUUUCGCGCAGGAAGAAACAAUAUGAAUUCGACCUUCAAAGGGAAAAACAAGAAAAAGAAAAGGCUGCAAAGAAGCUUCAAGCAAAGAAGAAUAACAUGAAAGUUGAUGGUAGUGGAAAGAAAAAGAAGGGUGGAGGUGGAUUUCAAGUUGGGAAGAAAAAAGUGAAGACCAAGUUGACGGCAGCAGCAAAAGCAAAAGCUUCUCAAGCUAUGGACCUUGAUAAAUGAGGUUUGAUAUGUAUAUUUUUUGGCCUUGUAUGGAUGAAUUGACAUAUUGAUUUAGUUUUUUAUAUUUGUAAUAGAAAGAAAAAACCUCCAUUCGUAGUA